UGGUCUUUGUGUGAAGGCGGGGAGCAGUUGGCUUGGAUAGUCUGCUGAUUAGCAACAAACAGAAGGUUACGAGUUAGAAAAAUUGGAUUACUUGCCCACCAGAGCGCCUCCGUGGCUACAGAAGCGGGGUUAACUAUGUCGGGGGCCUAACCGGAGCUUGUUAGUUGGCUUUUGAGGGCGAAAGGCGGAUAUUUGUGAAAUUUCGGAGCCUUUCGCGGCGAGAGGGAGAGAGAGAGAGAGCGAGAGAGGGUCCACCUCGCUUUUAGGUCGUUUCAAGUGGCGAUGCUUUAGCUGAUAGCUGCGUCAUCAUGUUGCUUCCGAGUCGAGUUGGCGAGAAGAAAUCACAAGUUAUCGCCGGGAGGUGAGGGCUGCCCGCCGUCAUCCAGCCCCGGAGGCCACUCCCGACCCUUGAAGUACGUGGAAGACGGGCUGUCGGUGGGAGACUGGCGGCGAAGCCUGCUUAGUUUACGUCGUUGUGGGGACUUUGCAUCGCUUGCCUCGGUGUAGUUGGCGCGAUUCCCCCAACUUAACUGUAUUUAUUUAACCCACUGUUAGGAUAUGAAUUCGCACGUUUUAAAUUAAUGUUAUUUACAGGAAAAGAGCCUAGAAAGAAAGAAAGUGGAAGUGUAACUACUGAUGGGAAGGUAUGCUGGCCACAACUGUUUGGAUAGUGGGAAGUGAUGCUCUCAUUGACAGCUUGAACGCAAGCAGGACCAUCCAGAGAAAAGUCCUCAUUAUCUGAGCUUAAACAGGCGUUUCUAAGAGACGAUGGGAGACGGGUCUGUUAACUCCCACUGAUUGAGUCUCGUUUUUAUUAGAUCAAGACUGAUUGAUCGGUUUGCUGUGUCAGGGGGUCUCUAUCAUCACACCCACGUGGACUUUGUCUCAGGUCAUUUGGGAAAGUUUUGACCCCCUUUCCCCAGCCGUCCUCAAUCUGGGUGGGAUAACCACACUUUAUAUAGAGUUGUUUAUUUAAAACUGAAGAAAACUUAUUUGAAAAAAAAAAAAAAAAAAUGGACGGCGAUUGCACUGUUUAUGCGUCCAAGCACGGGAUCGAGUCUGCGGGGCGCGGAUCCUCUAACUUUGAGGUGAUGGACGGGCUGCUGUACCGCAGGAAGUUUGAAAGGGGCUUCAUCAACUACCGGGAGGUUCUGGGUGAGGACCGGAGGCAAGAGGCCAUCUCCACCUUCCACAGGCGGCGACCCGGCCAGCGCCACCUCUCCCUGGAGGAGACCUACAAAUGCGUGGCUGAGAACUACUGGUGGGAGGGAAUGUACUUCCAGAUCAGAGACUUUGUCCUGCACUGUCCACAAUGUAAGAAUCUGCACAGUAAAACAUCAGCGGGGUUCGAUGGUAGGAGGUGUGUAUCUAAGACGGUACCGUCACACGGAGCCGACUUGCUGAGCAAGCUGAGGAGUCAGAGGGAGGCGGGGCAGUUCUGUGACAUCACCCUUCGAACCAACGGGGGAUCCUUCUCAGCUCACCGAGCCGUCCUGGCCGCCGUCAGCGAUCACUUUCAUGAAGUUUUGUCUGACAUGGACUCGAGCAAGAAAGCAGACAUAGAUCUCUCUGGUUUCAGUGAGGACAGUCUCUUGUCUCUGCUGGACUUCUCCUACUCGUCCACCCUGUGUGUUCGUCAGGAGGAUCUCCCAGAAGUCUGUGCGAUGGCGCGUCACCUGGGCAUGUGGCCGGCCGUGGAAGCCUGCUCUGCCCUCCUCAAAGAGCAGGAACAUCAUCUCCGUGCUCCCAGCAAGGCCUUCAGCUCAGCUCAUGCCUGUCCGUUCAGCCAGCACCGUCACCACCAAAGGGAAGGACUCUUGAAACUAGAGAACAUGAAUGAAAGCUUUAGUCUAACACUAGAGACGUCCGAUGAGUCUUUACAAGAAAGUCCUAAGCGUAACUUGCGCCGAAUGCCAAAAUCCCAAGUUCAGAACGGCCUCCCUCUCAGUCCCUCCCACAGGAUGAAGCUCAUGGACUUCAAGUCUCCCUCUUCCAAAAAAGCCUGCACACCUCGCCACGUCAUCGUCGCCAGUCGGUCACAGAACUACUCGCCCCUCUCAACGUCAAGCACCCGUCUUCUCCGUUCCUCUCCCGGAGCCGCCAAAGAGGUUCAGAGGUUCCUACCUAAGCCAGAGACGCCUAAGAAGAACAGAAAGUCCCACUCUGUCGCCCAACUGUCAUGCACGUCCAGGUCGCGGCCGGGAACGUCCUGCAGCCCGGUGAGGGUGAAGCAGGAAGUGGAGGAGGUCGGGGAGGACGAGGAGGAUUACGCAAGAGCGCAGGAGAAGUACAAGCUCAUGAAUGUCCUGGGACUUCAGAGGACGGCUCUCCUUCCCAGACCAGAAGACCUAAUCGGCUGGAAACAAAAGAAACGGCUUCGGAAGUUAAAAGCCAACAACUACUCUCUGACCAAACGACGGAAACCACGUUCUUUAUCCCCCGGAACCUCAUACGACGAUAUGAAGCUGACACUUCCUCUCUGCGACCCCGUCAACACUCGAAUCCUCAAAAAGUCGGUCAAGUCCAAGGGUUUGGGAUCCGCCAGAGCCGAGCAGAUCCCAACGAAGAGGCAGAAGAGCAUCAAGCAGCGCAUUCCUCCCUCCGACAGGAGCAUGAGAAGUAAAGUGGUUUUACCGGACCUGUUUCCAUGUUCCUCCAGGCCGAUGUUUGGUGGUAGGGAACUCAGGCGGUCUGUGAGGAAUCGCGACAGUACCCAGCAGCCUCUGCGUUACAACAGCAAGAAAACCUUUGUAAGAAACGUGGUUAAAAUCAAAGCAGAAACGACUGAAUACUCCAUCUCAAGUCUGAGGCUGUCCACACAUGGACAGAGCGAACACGCAUCUCCAAACUCCCUGCCUUCACAGAGAACACAGAGCAGAAAAAAGGUCGCCGGAGAUGCGGUGAAAACUCUCCGGUACAACAGCAGCCGACCGGGAGCGAAAGCCAAGCUGAGACGGGCGUCCACAAAGGAGGAGGACAAGAUGAGGGGCAAGUCCAGAGAGGCAGGAAGACCAGUGGUAAAGGAUCCUGAACCCAAUGGUCUUUCAGAGUAUACGCCUCCACCCUCGAUUUAUGGUCACCCUCUUUACAAAACAAUCAAAGAAGAACCAGCCGAUCCAGUGCCAGUCGGACCUUUCCCUGACCCCCCCUCACCAGACCUGGGCAAACGUCAGAGCAAGCCACCCAUCAAACUGCUGGACUCUGGCUUCCUGUUCAGCUUCUGUCGGCCGGCGGGGGGUUCCAUGACCGGCCUGAAGAAGGAGGAGGAGAGCGUGGCCAUCUGUCUGACGCGCUCCGUGUCUCAAGUUCCAGAAAAAUUCGACACAGACGGGUCUCCCCAGCGGACGCUGAGAGCCAGGGGCCCGCCGGGCCUGAGCGUGGUGAAAAGGGAGGAGAGAAGGGUCACACAAAGACGGAGUCAGAGACAUGGACGGAAGUCCAGAGAACCUCGAACGCAUCUGGACAAAUGUACUGGGUCCAGAGCUACAAGGACGAUGCCAAAGAGACAAAAUAAGGUCCAUACCCUGAGCAGCAGCCGGAGCUGCGCCAUGCUGGACGCCGUACAUCGAGCCCGCCUAAAGCAGCUCCGAGGGCCUCGGAGCCAAGCACCCAAAGUCCCAAAGGCGUCCCACGCCUGUCUGCAAUGUCCAGCUGCCUACAAGGACUGCGACGCCCUAAUUAUGCAUCAGCUGAGGCACAUUGAUGGAAAGCACUGGCCUUGUCCGCUCUGCAGCAAGACCUUCUUCAGACUGAGGAAUGUUCGGAAUCACAUCCGCACCCACGACCCAAAGUUGUACAAAUGCCGGAGCUGCAUUGCAGCCGGUUUGUGAGGCAGCUGGAGACGCCCGCUUCUAGCACAGGCACAUGGAGGAUGAAAGCCAUCAGUGUCUCACCAGUAGCCAUAGGCCUGAAGCCAGAGGCACAUGAUGGAUCCCAAGCUUGUACAUACUGAAUCCAGUCACACUUGAGCACAACGGUCUGCAGAAAGGCGUCACUGCUGUUAUCAACGAUUACUAACAUUAUUUAAAUAAUCAAACCAAGGUUGCCGUUCCUGUUUGCUUCUUUACAGAAACUUGAACAUUUACUCUCAGGGGGGUGGGGAAUGUGAUGCCACGUUGUACAGCGAUUUCACGUCACAGUUGUAUAAAAGGAAAAAAAAAAGAAAUGUAAAGUGAUUGAUAUAACUAUUACUGCUACUUAUUGUUACCUUUAUUUUUCUAUGUAUAGAUGAAUGUUGAGUGCACUUAUGUCAUAGCUUAUGUUGUAAACCUAAGAAAUGGUAAUGAAACUGAAGGUUUGGAGUCUGAGGUGGGAAUACUUGAAGUUGUGAAAGUGCUGGGGGGGUGGGGCAUACUUGAAGUCGGAAAGGUGGGGGUCCAGUUGAUCUUUUUCUUGCGGUGUGCUAAUGUUUCAAUGACUUGAUGUCUUUUGGCAUUGAUCUGGUGGGGAGUGCAGGGAGGGGUACGAAGACACCACUGCAUGUGUAUCUUCAGGCCAUUUGUAGUCCUCUGCCUUUUCUAAGGCUGCAGGGUUUAAAAAGGGAAAAGUGUCGGUUUUUAUAAAUGUGAAUUUCUUAACUUUAUUCAAGAUGGCCACAUCACGACAGAUGUUUUAUUAAUCUCUUCUUUAAUGCAAGACCAGAUCAUCUUGCUCUACUUAAGAUUCCCCCUCUACUGAGUAAAUGCAAUGUGCACAUACAGAGAUGUUUAUGUAUCACAAAAUGAUUUUAGAAAUAAAUGCGCUGUCUCCUGCUAUCUGUUUAAAGAUUAAAUAAAGUUUUGCCUUUAAUAUA